CUUCCGGUUAUAUGUCAAUUUUCUAUUUACAUUUUAUGACACAUCAAAUGUGCCUAGUUUCUGAUUGAACAAAUGGCUUUUCAUCCCCAUUCAGACGCGGACGAGACGUUUGAUUAUUUGUUUAAAAUUGUUUUAAUUGGUGAUGCCGAUGUGGGUAAAACUUGUGUCGUUCAGAGGUUCAAAUCUGGAACGUAUGUGGAGAAACAUGCGAGCACGAUAGGUGUCGAUUUCACCAUGAAGACCCUUCAGAUUGAUGGGAAACUUGUGAAGUUACAGAUCUGGGAUACUGCUGGUCAGGAAAGGUUCCGUACUAUCACACAGAGCUACUACAGAAGUGCAAAUGGUGUUAUCAUGGCAUAUGACAUCACAAAAAGAACAUCAUUUGAUAGCAUCCCGCGAUGGCUUGACGAUGUUAAAAGAUACGCAGGACCAAGUAUUGUACAGAUUCUUAUAGGGAACAAAAGAGAUUUGGAGAAUAUGAGGGAGGUGAAUUUUUCUGAAGCUAACUCAUUUGCUCAACACCAAAACAUGAUAGCUCACCUGGAAACUUCGGCAAAGGAAAAUACUAAUGUUGAUGAAACAUUUACAAAACUUGCUAAGGAACUGAUGAGAAGAUAUGGUGGUGAUGUAACACUGGACAGCGCUGCUGAUUCAGGACGCGUAAAUCUGGAUUCAAGAUCUGUGGGUGGAGGGUUCGGCUGCUGUUCCACCUGAGUCCACAAACCCCCACCCCAAAUUAUAUUCUUAUGUGAUUAUAACUGAAAAAAGAUAUAUCAUAGUCAUGAGGCACUGACUUGGAGUUAGAACAGCAAAGUGGUCCAAGAUUUUAAAAAGUCUUUCAGUUCAUUAGUAAAUAAAAUUAAAGUCAAAAAAUCAGUCCCAUAUGAAAAAAACAACAGGAGUGGAGAAAAAGUUUUUAAUAUAAGAUAUUUUUAGUUAUAAAGCAGUAUGGAGGUAGAAACAUUCCUUGUCUUCUUGCAGUUACGUUGGAGCAAUUGACAUGAUACAGGAAGGUUUUGGAAAUGAAGAAUUAAUACCAGACUGAGAGCUUGCAGUUUCCAUGUGAUUAUAUAAUCUAGUAUGCUGCUUUGGGAUCUUUCAGAAAUAAGAGACAGUUGCUUCUUUUUAACGACUAGAGAAUGACGAAAUCACAUAUGAGCCACGCCAUGAGAAAACCAACAUAGUGGCUUUGUGACCAGCAUGGAUCCAGACCAGCCUGCGCAUCGGCGCAGUCUGGUCAAGAUCCAUGCUGUUCGCUUACAGUUUCUCUAAUUGCAAUAGGCUUUGAAAGCGAACAGUAUGAAUCCUGACCAGACUGUGCAGAUGCGCAGGCUGGUCUGGAUCCAUGCUGGUCGCAAAGCCACUAUGUUGGUUUUCUCAUGGCGCAGCUCAUAUUGAGACUAUGUAAUCAAGCAGAAAAUGCCAAUUGUCCUUCACUCUCUACAGGUCCACUAUUUUAAUUCUGUAUUAAAAUUUUGUGUUGGUUAUUACUUUGAUUUACAAUGAAAGACAACUAAUAUUGGACCUGUAGUUCCUAAUGCAUAAUAUCUAUGAUAGAAAGUAGAGAUUUCCAUGCCGGUUGGCAAUUUGGCAAAAUAAGUAGAGCAGGCUUGUGGUAUGGUGAUAUGUCAAUUAAACAUGCCGGUUGACAAUUUGACAAAAUCAGUAGAGCAGACUUGUGGUAUGGUGAAAUGUUUUGAGGAAACCACAGAAUUGUAUGCCAGCAAAGUUAAAUGAUUUUACAGUUGUCUAGCUGGACUUUAUUUUUAUGCCCCCAAAGGGAGGCAUAUAGUUUUUGAACCGUCUGUCAGUCUGUCCGCAAUUUUCGUGUCCGGUCCAUAUCUUUGUCAUCGAUGGAUGGAUUUUCAAAUAACUUGGCAUGAAUGUGUACCACAGUAAGACGACGUGUCGCGCGCAAGACCCAGGUCCGUAGCUCAAAGGUCAAGGUCACACUUAGACGUUAAAGGAUAGUGCAUUGAUGGGCGUGUCCAGUCCUUAUCUUUGUCAUCAAUGUAUGGAUUUUCAAAUAACUUGGCAUAAAUGUGUACCACAGUAAGACCACAUGUUGCGCGCAAGACCCAGGUCCGUAGCUCAAAGGUCAAGGUCACACUUAGACGUUAAAGGAUAGUGCAUUGAUGGGCGUGUCCGGCCCAUAUCUUUGUCAUCGAUGGAUGGAUUUUCAAAUAACUUGGCAUGAAUGUGUACCACAGUAAGACGACGUGUCGUGCGCAAGACCCAGGUUCGUAGCCCAAAGGUCAAGGUCACACUUAGACGUUAAAGGAUAGUGCAUUGAUGGGCAUGUCAGGUCCAUAUCUUUGUCAUCGAUGGAUGGAUUUUCAAAUAACUUGGCAUGAAUGUAUACCACAGUAAGACGACGUGUCGUGCGCAAGACCCAGGUUCGUAGCUCAAAGGUCAAGGUCACACUUACACGUUAAAGGAUAGUGCAUUGAUGGGUGUGUCCAGUCCAUAUCUUUGUCAUCGAUGGAUGGAUUUUCAAAUGACUUGGCAUGAAUGUGUACCACAGUAAGACGACAUGUCGCGCGCAAGACGCAGGUCCGUAGCUCAAAGGUCAAGGUCACACUUAGACGUUAAAGGAUAGUGCAUUGAUGGGCGUGUCCGGCCCAUAUCUUUGUCAUUGAUGGAUGGAUUUUCAAAUAACUAUGCAUGAAUGUGUACCACAGUAAGACGACGUGUCGCGCGCAAGACCCAGGUCUGUAGCUCAAAGGUCAAGGUCACACUUAGACGCUAAAGGAUAGUGCAUCGAUGGGCGUGUCCGGUCCAUAUCUUUGUCAUCGAUGGAUGGAUUUUCAAAUAACUUGGCAUGAAUGUGUACCACAGUAAGAUGACGUGUCACAUGCAAGACCCAGGUCCGUAGCUCAAAGGUCAAGGUCACACUUAGACGUUAAAGGUCAUUUUUCAUGAUAGUGCAUUGAUGGGCAUGUCCGGUCCAUAUCUUUGUCAUUCAUGCAUGGAUUUUAAAAUAACUAUGCAUGAAUGUGUGACACAGUAAGACGACAUGUCGCGCGCAAGACCCAGCUCCGUACGUCAAAGAUCCUAAACUCUAACAUCGGCCAUAACUAUUCAUUCAAAGUGCCAUCGGGGGCAUGUGUCAUCCUAUGGAGACAGCUCUUGUUUUAUAGUAAAAUUUGCAAGCUCUGUAACUUAAUGAACAUUUUAACAUUCUCAUUUUAAAAUAAGUAAGCUGCUGUAUUGCUGAUACAAGAUACUCGAGAAUGAUUUACCGGUAUGUUUCAUAUAAUAUAUGGCCAAAGGUAGUUGUUUGUUUAGGGUGACGGGACCCAAAAACCCCAAAAAACUUCCAUUGCAUGUAACAAAAUUUUCAUAAGCAAAAAGGAAGUUUUAAAGGGCAAAAAUUUGAAAAAGACGUUUGAUUAGUAAAUACAAUUUCUUAUGAUUUCUAUCUACUAGGUAUGACACUAGCAAUUCUGACCAGAGAACCUAAAGAUUUCUGAUGUCCUGUCUAUAAAGAAUGGCCCAACUACCCUCACUACAAGUUUUGAAGGUGUCACCCUAAACAAACACCUUUUUGAGGCUUUGAACAUCAUAAUAACAUUUUUUUUUGUACUUGGUUGUCUGGAAUGGGGUAUAGUGUUCAUUUUUGGGGGCAUUGGUCUAAAUAGUCAACUAUUUUGAGAAGAUUGCAUUUUUCAGAAAAUAAUUAUUAUUCAAACUUACAAGCAUAAUUAUGUUUUUAUAUUCUCAUUGUCUCAAUACAUUUAUACAAAAUGUAAACCUUUGUAUUUUGGGAAAUUUAUUGAUACUUACUAUUACUAAGUAUCUUUUUAGGGAAUUGUUUUUCUUCAAACUUACAGAUUAAAUUUUUAGCUCUUG